CGCUCGGAGGCUGCGGGGCUGGUGCUUCCGUGUGCAGCCCAGGACCCCCGCCAUCACCUGCCCGGAGCGGGGCCACCGGCGGGCGCUGGGGCCCCCAGCUCCCUUCUCACGCCCCAGGAGCGGGUGCCCGGGCUGCUUUUGGCCCCCUGCGGUUCGCAGCCGCCAGCCACUCGCGCGGAGGUGGGACAAGGAAGGGCGCGCAGGGCGGCCACAUGGACAGCGGCAGCGGGGCUCCGCCGGCUGGGGCGCCCGGGGCGGUGGCUGAGUCUCCACAGUGCUUGCUGCCGCCGUGGGGGUGGGGUGGGGCAGAGCGCAGCGGGGCCCGCGAGGCCGGCGGAGGGCGCGGGGGGCGGGGGAGCGGGCCGCGGCGGCCGCUGCGGGCAGUGUACGUGCGCAGCGAGAGCCCCCAGGGCGGGGCCGGCGGUCCUGAGGCGGGGGCGCGGCAGUGUCUGCUACGGGCCUGCGAGGCCGAGGGCGCCCACCUCACCUCCGUGCCCUUCGGGGAGCUCGACUUCGGGGAGACGGCCGUGCUCGACGUCUGUGACGCAGGUGAGGCCGGAGCCCCCUUCGCCCCCACCCCACUCCUGCCUGCUUUCCUUAUCUUCACACAAGCCAUGGCACCAGCUCCUCCCCAUCCUGCACCCCCUGACUUUUUCGACAGGACCGCCCUACCUUUUGGGGAGAGGAGAGCAUCUAGUGGAAAUUACUAUUUCAUCCCGGAUGUUGUGACACCGUGCAUUGAUUAUCUUUGCUACGAGAGUGAUGCCUAGAGGCGUGCCUCAGGGUACAUGCAGCCCAAGUGGGACACCAUCCUGGGUCUGCUGUGAGUGUCCCUGGUGGACAGGUGGUUUACCAGCAUCCUCAAGGACAUCCACGUGACCUCAUGUGUCUAUUACAAAGAAACCUUGUUAAAUGACAUCCAGAGAGCCAGAGAGAAAUACCAGGGUGAUGAACUGGUGAAGGAGCUGGCUCGGAUCAAACUCUGCCUGGAUAAUACUGAGGUUCUGACCGCAGACAUUGUCAUUAAUUUACUGCUGUCCUACCGCAAUAUCCAGGACUACGAUGCUAUAGUGAAGCUGGUAGAAACACUGGAAACCCUGCUGACAUGUGAUUUGGCCGACCAGCACAAUAUUAAAUUCCACUAUGCAUUUGCACUGAAUAGGAGAAACAGCACAGGCGAUCAUGAGAAGGCUCUGCAGAUCAUGCUCCAAGUUCUGCAGAGCUGUGACCACCCAGCUCCCAGCAUGUUCUGCCUGUAGAGGAUCUACAAGGACAUCUUCUUGGAUUCAGACUGCAAACAUGAUGCCAGCCUCGACAGCGCCAUUGAGAGGUAUCGCAAAGGAUUUGAGCUCCAGUCAUCUCUUUAUUCUGGAAUUAACCUUGCAGUUUUGCUGAUAGUUGCUGGACAACAAUUUGAAACUUCCAUGGAACUAAGGAAAAUAGAUGUCCGGCUGAACAGUUUGUUGGGAAGAAAAGGGAGCUUGGAGAAAAUGAACAGUUAGUGGGAUGUGAGUCAGUUCUUCAAUGUCAGCAUGUUGGCCAGUGAUGUUGGGAAGGCUGUCCAGGCAGCAGAGAGGUUGUUCAAACUGAAACCUCCAGUCUGGUACCUGCGAUCAUUAGUUCAGAUUCAACGCUUCAAGAAACCCAUUAUUGAACAUUCACCCAGGCAAGAAUGGCUGAACUUCUGGUUAGAUAUAAUUUUUGAAGCAACAAAUGAAGUUACCAGUGGACUCAGAUUUCCAGUUCUGGUGAUAGAACCAACCAAAGUCUACCAGCCUUCUUACCUUGUCUCUAUAAACAAUGAAGCUGAGGAGAGGAUGGUUUCUCUGUGGCAUGUCUCAUCCAUGGAAAUGAAACAAAUUCAUGAAUGGAAUUUUACAGCCUCUUCCAUUAGAGGAAUAAACAUAUCCAAGUUUGAUGAAUGGUGUUGUUUUCUUUAUGUCCAUGAUAAUUCUGAUGGCUCUGAGAUCUACUUUUCCACUGAAGACCAGUGCACAACAUCUUGGUGUUCUAGGUUUUGCUCUUUGGUCAAAGAGAUGAUAACCAGUGCAGCGGGCUGUACAGUGGGGCUGGAGGGAGAAUCCGACGGGGACACCUUAGAGCAUGAGUAUGACCAUGGUGCGAACGGUGAGAGAGUGGUGCUGGGAAAGGGCAUGUAUGGGAUAGUGUAUGCUGGGAGAGAUCUGAGCAAUCAAGUGCGAACAGCCAUCAAAGAGAUCCCAGAGAGAGAUAGCAGGUACUCCCAGCCGCUGCACGAGGAGAUAGCCCUGCACAAGUACCUCAAGCACCGCGGUAUCGUUCAGUACCUGGGCUCUGUGUCCGAGCACGGCUACAUUACGAUAUUUAUGGAGCAGGUGCCUGGGGGAAGCCUUUCUGCUGUUUCGUGAUCAAAAUGGGAGCCAAUGAAGAAGCCUAUCAUCAAGUUUUACAUCAAGCAGAUCCUGGAAGGCCUCAAGUAUCUCCAUGAAAACCAGAUUGUGCACAGAGACAGAAAGGGUGAUAACGUUCUGGUGAAUACCUACAGCAGAGUGGUGAAAAUCUCUGAUGUUGGAACCUCUAAACAUCUUGCAGGAGUGAAUCCAUGUAUGUAGACUUUUGCUGGCACUCUGCAGUACAUGGCGCCCAAAAUUAUCGAUCAAGGACCUUGUGGAUGCGGUGUCCCAGCUGGUAUCUGGUCCCUGGGCUGCCCUGUCAUUGAGAUGGCCACCAGCAGACCUCCGUUCCGUGAGCUCGGUGAACCACAGGCAGCAGUGUUCAAAGCACCGAUGUUUAAGAUUCACCCUGAGAUUCCGGAAACCCUUUCAGCCGAAGCCAGAGCCUUCAUUUUAUUCUGUUUUGAGUCUGACCCCCACAAACGUGUCACUGCUGCUGGCCUGCUCCAAGAGGUUUUCUUAAGGCAGGUGAACAAGGGCAAGAAGAACUGAAUUGCGUUCAGGCUGGCAGGGGCUGCCUGGGGCUCUGUGCUGGCACUGUCCCUGUCGCGGGAGCCGGUGGGCGGCAGCAGCAGCGAGCACAGCUCAGUCUGCCCUGACUCAGAUGCCCAGCCUGACAGGUUCUUCAAGAAGGCCCAGGUGCCCAAGCACAGGCUCAGGUACAGCCCGCCCCCAACCAGUUGGGGGACAGAGUCCCUCCAAGAUGACAGCUAUGCCUCAGAAGACCGGAGUGCAGCCUCAUCCCCCGAGGACAGAGACCUCUUCCUGCUGCACAAGGACAACGAGCGCAGCGCCAUCCUGUACAAAAUCCUCUGGGAGGAGCAGAACCAGGUGGACUCCAACCUGUAGGAGUGCGUGGCCCAAAGUUCUGAAGAGUUGCAUCUCUCAGUCGGCCACGAACAAAUAAUUGGGAUCCUGAGGGACUUCAUCCGCUCCUCAGAGCACAGGGUGAUGGCAUCCAUGGUAUCAAAGCUAAAGGUGGACCUGGACUUUGACAGCUCAUCCAUCAAUCAGAUUCACCUGGGACUGUUUGGAUUUUAGGAUACUACUUUUGGAACAAAAAGAGAGUACCAAAAUCUUUCACGGCAAACUCUAGAACAGAACACUCAACUGUAUCAUCUUCAGUUACAAUUCAGAUCUAAUGCAUUGAGUGGCCCUACUCGUUCCUUCAGCAAGCGGUCGUUGAGCACCUACUCUGUGCCUGACAGUGUGCCUGGUGCACAAGGAAUAGUCCUUGUCCUGAGAAAGCGGCAACAGCGGCAGCAGCGCGAGCAGCACUAG